UAUCAAAAACCUCAUCUACUUGGAGUUCGUACGUACUACACGCAGUACUCUCUCCGAAGCUUAUAAGCUACCUCAUCAAUUUCCAACUGUGAAGAAAAGAUCAAGGAAAAAUAAUGGCAGAGGGUGAUAGCUCAUUAUCUCAAUCUCGUGCCUUUUAUGCUCCUCUCCUUCAAGCUGCCCUAGAAGAUGACUGGGAAGCUGCUGAAGCUUUUAUCCAGAAAAAUCCAAACUACGACCUUGGAGCCCCCAUAACAAAAGAGGAAGGGACAGCUCUUCACAACGCUGCAGCAGCAAAACGCACCCGUUUUGUGAAAGAACUCGUGAAACGGAUGACACCGGAACAAUUAGAAGUGAAAACCAAACCAAGCAACUGCACGGCCCUUUACUUUGCCGCUCAAUCAGAAAUCGUAACAAUUGCAGAGGUGAUGGUGAAAAAGAACAAAUAUCUGCCAUUGAUCCCCAAGGAUGCCAUCGAAUUUUUACCACUUUACGCGGCAAUAAAGACUGGAAAUAGAGACAUGGUGUCGUAUUUAUACUCUGUGACUCCUAUUCAAGAGUUGAAUUCUCUGGAUCACAUUAAUCUCCUUAACGCUACUAUUUCCACUGAUUUGUAUGAUAUGGCACACAAAAUUCUGGACAUUCUAAAGCCAGCACCUGAAGAGAAGAAAUAUCUUUGGCUUUCAUUGGAAAUGUUGGCCAAAAAACCUUCGGAAAUUGGCAGCAAAAGUCAGCCAUCAGCAUGGGAAAGACGCUUAAACUCCUGCUUCAGUGGUCGGUUCUGCAACAAAGCUUUGAUGCAAGCAUCAGCCCAUCACUUAGUUGACCGCCUUUGGAAACGGCUAAUCGAAGACGACACAUAUUUCUCGCCAACUGCGGUUGGUCAUGACCAGCAUAUGAUGAAACUAGUUGUUGAAGCUGCAAAAGUAGGGAACGUUGAAUUUCUAAUUAUACUUAUACGCUCUUAUCCCGAUCUCAUAUGGCAAGUUGACGAAGAAUAUGGAAGUUUAUUUCACGUUGCUGUUAAACAUCGACAAGAGCGUGUUUUUAAUUUAAUAUAUGAGAUAGGUGUUUUGAAGGACAACCUUGCGAGCUUGUAUGCCGAAGGGAAUAAGUCCAUGCUGCACUUAGCUGGAGAAUUGCCCUCUACAGAUCGACUGAAUAUCGUAUCAGGAGCAGCUCUUCAAAUGCAACGAGAGUUGUUGUGGUUUCAAGAGAUAGAAAAGAUUGUGCCGAAGUCACUUAUAGACGACACGAAUAAAAAAGGAGAAACACCCAGAGAUAUAUUUGCGAGGACCCAUGAAGAACUACAGAAGAAUGGUGAAGAGUGGAUGAAAAACACGGCAAACUCUUGCAUGGUCGUGGCAGCACUGAUUGCCACUGUGGUUUUUCCAGCUGCCUUCACAGUACCAGGUUGUGACAAUCAAGAAACAGGCAUUCCUAUCUUUCUGGAAAGCAACUGGUUUACGUUAUUUCUCGUAUCAGAUGCGGUAGCCAUGUUAUUCUCUUCGCCUUCAAUAUUAGUUUUCUUGACAAUUCUCACGUCACGCUACACCGAAAAAGAUUUCCUUAAAUCAUUACCUCUUAGGUUGGCAUUAGGACUCGCUAUGCUUUUAAUUUCAAUAGUAGGCAUGUUGAUAGCCUUCAGUGCAGCCUGUUUUUUGGUCUUUAAAAGCAAAACAAGUGUUCCGAUCCGAAUAAUUGUUGCAGAUUGUUCCAAUUAG